CACACAGAUGGCACUUUAUGGAGUGAGAGGACUCAGUCCCAAGAAGUAAGGACGGUGUUAAGGAAACGGUCGAUGUGAUUGAAGAAGAGGGGAAGAGCAAUGGCACAAACUUUGUGGCCAAAUUUCCGUGUCUUAUCUCCCAGCAUAGGAAAAAGCUAAACAUAGAUACAAAUUCACCCUGUAGACAACAAAUUGCGAGAAGUAACGUACCGUACAAUUUCAUCUGUCAAUGCAUUAAACGUCCACCUAUUAAAUUCCAUUCCUUUUUUACCUUCUCUUUCCCUCCAUUUUUCGCAUGUUUUCAUAAGCCAACAUGGCUGCGUGAUUUCUUUUUCAUUUAAACAUCUUCCCAUUUCCAAACCGCAGUCUGCAAUUUGUCGUCUCUGUAAAUUUUAUUUAUAGGCCGGAUAUCUUGUGGGACAUGCUUUUCGGUGUGUACUAUCAUUAGUAUUUUCAAAUUUGAGAAGACUCCUUCCUAGUUUGUUUUGGGGUUUGGAAAUACUAUAUAUAAAUAUAUACAGAUAUAUCUAUUUGUAAGUUUGAGUAACAUGAAUUCCUGCUCCUCUAAAUUGAUCCCUGUAAAGCAAGAGCAGCAUGAAGUAAGAGGAUCCGAAAGAAAACUCUGCAGUUAUGCUGACAUUCCAGUGGUAGAUCUGAGCAGUGAUAGUGAAGAUGAAGGGGAUUGUGUGAACAAUAAAAAUAAGAGGAAACGGGGAUCCACAGCCACAGAUGAGGAUGGAAAUGGUUGUUGGUCUGGUCAGAAGAGGAGCGCGGUUGAUGGUGAUGAUGAUGAAGCUGUUGUUCUGCCUGCUGGGUUUUUGGAUCCUCUGCCACCCAUAUCAGCUAAACAACCUCAUAAGCCACCGCAAAACUCUGUCACGGUAUCGUUGCUCCAACCUCAGGGAAAAUCUUCGAACAAGGAAUUCUGGAAGGCAGGAGAUUAUGAAAGCAAUUCCAAAGAUACCCAGAAAAGAUCAGGUGGCAUUGAUCAUGUUCGAGUUCACCCUAAAUUUUUGCACUCAAAUGCAACUAGUCACAAAUGGGCUUUAGGAGCUUUUGCAGAGCUCCUGGACAAUGCAUUGGAUGAGGCUUGUAAUGGAGCAACGCUGGCAAAUAUUGAUAUGGUAUUGAACCAGAAAGAUGGCUCUCCUAUGUUACUGAUUGAAGAUGAUGGAGGUGGGAUGGACCCUGAUAGAAUGCGGGGUUGCAUGUCACUUGGAUACUCAGCCAAGAGCAAAAUAGCAAAUAUGAUUGGCCAAUAUGGCAAUGGUUUUAAAACCAGUACUAUGAGACUGGGGGCAGAUGUAAUUGUCUUCUCAAGAUGUCGUGGGGGGGAAGGAAAGAGUUGGACGCAAAGCAUUGGUUUGCUGUCUUACACAUUCUUGCGGAGUACAGGACAGGAAGAUAUAGUAGUCCCUAUGGUUGACUAUGAAGUUAAAAGAGAUGGACCAAGACAACUCUUACGUUCUACUGCUGGUGAUUGGUGUCGGAAUUUAGAGACUAUAAAACAGUGGUCACCAUUUUAUAGCGAAGAUGAACUCUUACGGCAGUUCAGUGGAAUGGGAAAGCAAGGUACACGGAUUAUUCUCUACAAUCUUUGGGAUAAUGAUCAGGGUGAAUGUGAACUGGAUUUUGAAACAGAUAUAUAUGACAUUCAAGUCAGAGGUGCUAACAAGGAUCAAAAGAUGAUAGAAAUGGCUCAUUCUUUUCCAAAUUCUAGACAUUACCUCACCUACAAGCACUCCUUGCGGAGUUAUGCUUCCAUCCUAUAUUUGCGACUCCCUGCUGGAUUCAGAAUCAUAUUACGUGGGAAAGAUGUACAACAUCAUAAUUUGGUGAAUGAUUUAAUGUAUACUCAAGAAGUUACGUACAAGCCUCAAGGAGCAUCUGACAUUAAUCAUAAGGAGAACAAUACGAUUGUUGUAACAAUAGGGUUUGUGAAGGAUGCAAAGAAGCAUAUUGAUAUCCAAGGGUUCAACGUGUAUCACAAGAAUCGAUUGAUAAAGCCAUUCUGGAGGAUCUGGAAUCCUGCAGGAAGUGAUGGGCGGGGUGCCAUUGGUAUUUUAGAGGCCAAUUUUAUUGAGCCCGCUCAUGAUAAGCAGGGGUUUGAACGCACAACUGUCAUGGCAAGACUCGAGUCUCGAUUGAUUGGCAUGCAGAAAAAAUACUGGGCAAGUAACUGCCAUUUAGUUGGCUAUGCUCCUAGGGGUACCGGUAAACAGAAGCCUGAAAAAGAUUCACCCUCAGCUACAAAAGAGACAAAGUCAACUGAAAUUCUUAAGUCCUCUUCUACAAAUAAUGUAGAACCUGUACCUUUAGAUAAAGAUCCGAGUCCUGCUGUGAGGCAAAUUGAAAGUAUGGUCUGUGAAAGUUGGCAAGCGGAUUGUGAUAUUGUGCAAGCAGAUAGGCAAAGUGAUUCAUGCCAAAUACUUCCUGAACUGAUGAAUUCUCCCUAUGAAGAUACUCUACACAGACAGUGUGCAGCGCCAUCACCGCAAAUGCUAAGUAAAUCCUUGCAAUCUAGAAAGAAAAUUAGUGGACAACAAAAGUCUCCACAAAGAUCUUUGAGUUCUCUUGAAUCGCAUUCUAGAGAAAAUUCGCAAAUACAGGUGUUCCAUUCCAUUCCUUUAGAGAUUCCGGAGCAACUUCAGGUAAUAGAGCAAUCCCAAGAUUUGCAGAAAAUAUCCAUGCAAUCUGGAAAGUAUAUUGUUGGUCAACAAAAAUCUCCACAAAGGCAUUUUGACUCUUCUGGACAGCAUGCUAGAGAAAUUCAGCAACUGGAUGAGGUCCACGCCAUUACUUCAGAGCUUCUGGAGCAACAGCAGGCAGCAGAGAAAUCUCAAAAUUUGCAGAAAAAAUCCCUGCAAUCUAGAAAUCAUAUUGUUACACAGCGAAGAUAUCCUCAAAGACAUUUGAAAUCUCCUAUACUACAUUCUAGAGAAAAUCAGCAAAUGCCUGAGGUCUAUUCCAUUCCCUUAGAACAUCCAGAAAAACUGCCGGUUGCGGAGCAAUCUGAAGACUUGAACAAACGAUCCUUGCGAUCUAGAAAUCAUGUUGGUGAACGGCAAAAUUCUUCUCAAAGCCGUUUGGAUUCUCCUGAACUCCAUGCUUGUGAAAAUCAGCAACUACGCGAAGUCCAUUCCAUUCCUUCACAGCUUCCUGAGCAACCACAGUUCAUGGAGCAAUCUCUAGAUUUGCAGGAAGGAUCCCACCAACCUACAAGUCAUAUUGCUGGACAAGAAAAAUCUCCACAGAUAUGUUCUAAAUCCUCUGAACUGCAUGGUAUAGGAAACAAUCAACUGCAUGAGGUCCAUUCCAUUCCCUUGGAGCAUCCUGAACAACUGCAAGGCACUUCCCCUGCUACUCCAGCGUUAUACUUGCCAGAAAGUGAACCCUUACAUUUUGCUGCAUCUUUAGUAUCUUCUCCAAUCUCUAGACCUCCCAACGAGGUCCAUUCCAAUCCCUUGGAGCUUCCUGAACAACUGCAAGUCACUUCCCAUGCAAAUCCUGGUUUAUUCAUGCCAGAAAGUGAACCUUCACACUUUUCAGCAUCUUUAUCAUCUGCUCCAAACUCUAGACCUCCCAAUGAAGUACAUUUGGAUCAAAUAAACAGGCAAUCGGAUUCUGUAGUUGCUGCUACACAAAUUUCACAGGUUUCAACAAGGAUUGUGAUAGACAGAAUUGACUCAAGCUUCACAAAUGCAAGUGCUAUCACAUGUGCUGAACUUGGAUCAAGCUUAAAUUUACAGAGUCAUGAUGCCAGUCAUGAAUUUGGUUCAAGCUCUAUACAUGAAAAUCAUACUGAUGUUGGGAGUUUUCAUAUCAAUGCUACUUGCCACAAGCAACUAGAAGAUGAAAAUAAGCAACUGAAAGAAAGGAUAAGGAUGUUGGAAGAAACCAUCCUAAAAAGAUUAGAGAUGGAGAUUGAAAAAAAUAUAAACCUUCAAGCCCAUAUUGUGAAAUUGGAAAAAGAACUUGAGGCUAGCCAGAGAAGAUUAUCAGUUGAAACUUUGCAGAGGAAUUUGGAGGAAAAUGAACUUCGAAAUAAACUGAAGAAUGCUCGUCUUCGCAUACAGGAGCUUGAACAGAAUAAAAAUGGCUUUAACUAGCUCAGAAUGAACAAGGUUUGAUGAUCUUUUCAAAUCCAUUGACAACAUGUUAUAUUCUUCUUAUGUAAAGUAAGACUGCUUGUGAAAAUUUCUAAAUGAGCACCAAGGCUCUUAGUUUUGAAGCCUCGUACAUAACACCAAGGAUAAUUGAGAGGGGAAAAGCAGCGGGGCAAAUGGUUUUGUCCCUCAGCAUUUUUUGAUAAUCAAUACCAAUUCUUUGGAGAGAGCACUGUUAUUUUCAAGAAUAUUGACAUGGUUCUUACAUCUAACAAAAUUUUUAUUUAUGUUGGUCAUAUGCACUACUCAGAGAGUUGCAUAAUAUUUCCUCACAAGAUAAUAAAAAGCGGGGAGGGUAUUAGGAUAAAUAGGGUAUAAGCAAGCAAUGUGUGUUACAUUGCUUGCUAUUAGCUGGAAGUAAUUCUUCCUAAAUUCCAAUUGACUUCAAGUCAAGCACUUUGUUGUCAAAACAAUUCUACAAUUUAUAUAAUAAUUUUUGUACCACCACCACAGUUUGAUUGCAGAUCAUCAAGGCAGUGCAGAUUGUACGAGUAAGGUACUGGUUUACUUAAUGUGAAUGGCAAUUUUAAGCAAUCUGAGUGCAUCAAGAAUUGUUGCUUUUACAUUAUAGGCAAUUGAUUGAUGGAUGAUAUAUCAUUCUUUUGUUAAUAUUCUGUCUUCAGCUAUACAAUUGUACAUUAUGAUAUAAGAAAUA